AUGAAUGCCGGUAAAGCCGCAAGAGUAUUCAAUAAUUCCUUCGCAGACGCCAUCACCGUAGCCGCCGCGUACCACCUCCAUCGCCCAUCGUCAGGAGAGUUAGCAAAAUCACCACCACAUCCAAAGCACCGGUUUUUGUGUUCAAUCCAGAUCACCAGCGUCAAAUAUGGAUAA